AUGCCACAGGUUUCCGCCGGCGGACAUAACGCCGACGACCCCGAGACAGCCAGUAGCGCAACCGCCUUAUCAAGUGAGAGUGAGCUUGUCAUUGACGAACGGCCCGCGUGUGAGAAGACUGUCGGACGCGCCUUAGCUAAUGUCCGCUCAACUAAGCGCAGCAAUUUAAAACUCCGACGUGUGUCUCAACGACGUCCUGAUCGCAAGCGGGAGAGCAAACCGUCAAAGGCUGUACCAGCGAAGAUGAGACGCAGCGCCCGACUCAGUCAAGCAACCGCCCAAACCUCUGACCAAGCCAACCAACCAAGGGAGGUCGAGGACCCACCUUCCGAGAGCGAGCAGGAUUCACAAGACGAGCCUACACCGGACCCUUUGGCGAAGAUUAAGGAGCUCUACAACGAAGUUGCGACCACCCACUCUCAUCCUGCUCGAUACGAAGUAGGCACUCAGGCUCUGAUCAGCACCGGUGUUGCCAACAAGACACGCACUGAGCCUGUGAAACCACCACCAACCUUGUUGGAAACACCAGUACCCGACUCAGCGGGGGAGCCUGGACUUCCACUCGGAUGGACUACUUGCAGCUCCGAUGCCAUUGCUUUACAGCAAUACUUAGAGGUCUUUCAGCUGCUGAUUUUUUCACAGUGGGCCAUCUACCAAUCUACCGCGGCCGAGUUCUCAGCCCGCGAUGUGUACGUUUUACUCCAGAGCAUCUACAGCCUUUACGGAGUGAUGGUGGUCGAGGCACAUGUCCAUUUCCUACCUUUGGCGCAGGGCGUAUUGAACCUCUUUGUUCAAUUCGACCUGAAGUACGAAGAAUGCACCGAUUUAGAGAAGCAGGAACGUGACGAACAACGCAUGCUCUCAAACCUGAUGAAUGACCUGUUAUUGAUCCUGGCACGCCUAAUUGACUUUGGCUUACAGCAGACACUUCAGCGAGCUGAGAACAGCUCGAAGUUGCUGGAUUCUUCCCAAGUGCAACGCUUGAGAUCAAGCCUUAAAGUCCUGGACCAGCCAUUUUAUCAUCUUGAUGUAGCGACGCCAUUUUUGACUGGCCUACGAUUUGUGAACCGCUUUGCCCAUUUGACCCAUGCGCACCUGCAGAUUUUGAUUACAACAAUCACUCUUACCAGGGAGCAGUGCGAGGAAGAGGCAGGCCCCAACCAGACCAUGGUAAAUAUUGGUACACAGCAAAAACCGGAGAUCUCUCGGUUCUUACGGCUGCUUCUGACCAUUCCUGCUGACGCCCGAGCAUAUCUAAUCGACAUCGGACUUUUAACAGUUUCCAUGGGCCAACUUAAGAUCGGAGUGUGCGACCUUCCCGCAUCUCUACUACCCGAUUCCAGUCUAACUGAUUUCAUACUACAGAUUCCCCUAACAGAUCCGACUUACGACCAUGCUUUGGAAGCGAUCGACCGCACGGAGUCAACACCCGACUUCUACAUACCUACCGGCUCCGAUGUACAGGCUGUAAUUUUUCGUUACAAGACCUUCAGAGCCAGACAGGCAGAGGAGGCGAGGCAAGCGGAGAUUCAAGCCAAAGCGAAAAAGGCUGCAGAAGAAGCAGCUGCCGCCGCCGCACAACAGUCUGAGCAGAUUGAAGAUCCCGGAAAUUCCGCUGAUCAGCCAGGACCAAAUCCACCAGCAGAACCGAAUGAGACCAUCCCCCAGGCCAACCUUGAAGACAUGCCUCCUGUUGACCAACCUGGAGAGACACGACCUUCAACCCCAAGUUCGGAUACUUCGCGUACAUCGAGAAACGCCGAUGCCGGGGAAUCACUACGAGUGUUUAUAGUUGUCACUGGCCCCGAAGGAUGUGAACCCCUGAGUUUCCAGAUUCCGAACACAGACUUAACCCGUCUCGUCCAACAUCUCCAGCGGCACGGGGUGUGUCCUCCAUCAUCGAUUCAACCAACCCAGUUACCCGAUUCCAGCACUUUCCGCCGAACAAAUCAGCCACGAUCUCGCCAAUCAGCCGACCAACUUCCUGAAUAUAGUGGUACUCUGCCGGCACGUCGUGUCGUUCGAAACCGAAGCUCACUCGCUGUCGACCUCGCCCAAUUGUCUACGCGACAGUCACAGACAAUAAGCUCUGAACAUUUUCAGCUUGCUUAUACUGGAGAUCCUGUUUUCCUCGACGACACUAUAGCCCUUCCAGAGCUGGAUCAGCCGUUCCAACACGACCAGCAGUGGCCACUCAUCGACACCAAUCAGACUGAACUCCGCUUUAAGGGCUCCGCAGCUUUCAAACAAGACGGACCAGAGAAGGAUGUACUCGACCGACUUUCCGCAGAAGAAGCUCAAGUAAAGCUUGACUACAGUCGCUCGGGAUCACGAAGGGAGAAACUCGCUGACUUGCUACAACAAGGCCAGGAGCGCGUAAUAAUGGAAUGGCUAAGGGAAUUGCCCACAUCUUUUCCGAACGACAUCACUAUUCUAAUGCCAAACGGAAACUCUGCCAAGGACGCACAUCUUUUCGAGCUUCUUUUCACCGAUGGACUUCGCGCAUUGCACGACACUCCUGGCUUUCUGGAUGUACCUCUACUCUCAAACCCCUUGUUUGCGCCAAAGGCUUAUCUGGACCACUUCCUGUGCGAUGAUCCUCGAACUGAUCGCCAGUUACAACACGACACACAGAAUCUGUACGUCGGCGAUUUGCCUUCUGAUAAAACCAUCGACGGGUUAAGACAGGCUUACGCAACACUCCACGAGGAACUUAAUCAACUUGCUGGACUGCUAAUUGAUUUUGGAUUUCGAGUGAAGCUGAAUCCCGUCACCCUUGAUCUACUAAUCGACCUAACCAGCAUGACCGAGAUUCGAGUAAAGACCCUUGGACUGUACAUAGUUAAGAUCAUCCCUUGCGACCCUUUCUACUCUGGCCUUGACUUCCAAAGCCUAAAUGCCGUCGAACCAAAACGACUCGAGCUGGUUGUUCCUUCCCGACUAACGCCGGAGAACGAAGAAUUCCCUUUUAACGCCACCACAAUCGACAACACAAACCGGGACGCAUUUUACCAACAGUUUGUGGCACGAUGUCAGCGACUAUCUCGUGACGGGCCUUUGCGCCCAGACAUGCCAUAUCUGACCGAAUUGAACGAUGACUAUCGCAGACUAGACAUAGGCCACAACCCCUUCUACGUCCGUAUGGAUCCUGAAGAUCGAGCACGCGCAUUAAGCCAGUUGGCCAGAAGUUUGCACGAUUCUGCCUCCCCAUACAGACGAUUCGCUCAUAAAGUAUUUGCCCCCCACCUUUAUCAGACAAUGGCGAAGGGUUGCCCCGUGCCUUACUGCUCCAGCUCCACCUGCUCCGCCAAUCAAGCCGCUAUGCAGGAGCUCUUAGGACUUCUCGAUCGUCGACUCCAGCAAGAAACUGGUCCUGGCGGGCUACAGCUUUCGUCGCAGUGGAAAAAUAAAUUCCCGGAUGCCCUCAAAACAACUAAAGAGCUGGACCGUCUUUUUAUCGACCGCUUAAAGAGAUAUCACCAUGGUCCCUGCAUUGCCGACGGCGUUGAGUUUCAAGACGUGGCUGAAAGCACCUUAUUCCGUCACUUGAAAUCACGAGGUUGGCCUCUGCGCAGCAUUCAGCGCAUGAUGAGCAUAUUUGCUCUUACCGUCGUCGGAUUCUACCGAAAGGGCGGAAUCGUCAGCUCCCGGAAACCACGAACGGCACCCGACAUGACUGACAACACUUUCUACUAUUCUGGCCAGGGGCGCACCUACACAGUGUCCCUGUCAUCUGAUGUGCCCCUCGCGUUGCCAGAUCGCUUUAUGCUACUCGAAACCAGCAUCUUGAAAACCACUUGA